CGUGAUCCGUUUGAAUGACCAACUCAAAAUCAGAUAGCGUGAGGGCACCACUAGACCCCUGUUGCGACCUCCCGCAAAUAAUUAAGUGGUCCUUCCAGAGGCAGCGUGCUCACACUCUGCUGUCGCUAGGGGUUAUGUGAACUCAACGAGUCGGAGUUGAAAUUUACUUCCGACUGUGAACGAUUGAACCCCCACUCCCCCCACAAGCUCCCAUCAGACGACGUACAUGCCUUACCUAAACUCCUCUAUCGAUCCAACUAGCCUUGGUUUCCUCGCUAUUCUCCUCGGAGGUAGCAGAGCACACUGCCUUCAAGUUCAAUCAUUCCCUGAAGAGGUCGAUAGAGACUGGGAUGGUUUAGGCAUCCUUCAAUCCAGAAGCAACAUCGAGAGACUUGUCGUCAAUGACAAGCUUCGCGCAAGUCUCUGUUCCCUCCUUCAUAUAGUGAACGAAGAAGCCCCAGGAGAUUCCUGGACGGAUCUCGUUGAUAACGAUGUGGAAGAAGACGCCUGGGAUGUUAUACGCUUCUCUGGUCGCGCUGCGGAUGGUUCUAAACGUACUAUCAAACUCUGGAGUCUGGAUCACAUCCUUCAGGCCUUGAACGAUCCUGCCCCACAUCUCAUCAAGGUUGCUUCAUUCCGAAACGUGCCUUGCUGUCCUCGUUUCCAUCCGAGAUUGGGAUGGACGGCCCUGGUUCAUCAACCUCGGCGUGCAGCAGGGGGUUUAUCCAUAUUACAAGAUCGAGAUAUCUUCCUGUUGAAGAACCCAUCGACAACGACAAAGUCUCUUCGGUAUGCAGUCUUGGGAGUCACCUGCGAUUUGCUCCUCACAUCGGUUCUGCUAUUCCACACCUCCUCUCACCGAUUUCUCGAUCCCCCACGUAGUCGACUUCUAGUGAAGUGGCUUGGUCAAGACCCUCUCCUUAAUCCCGACGCUCUAGACGAAGUAAUCAAAUCUAUCUAUAAGUCGGAGACGUAUUAUCCUACUCUUCGCAAAAAUUUGGAGAAUGAGAUGAGUCGGUUAAUUUGUCUCGGCGCAGGUGUCUCGCAAAAGUCGGAUUCCGAGGCCGAUGACGAAACCUCUAUCCAGAUAUCGGGAACAUUGUUGGUUCUGGGUGAACAUAAUGACAUACAAGGACCCUAUAACCGAUUCCUAUUUGAAGUCCCUCCUACUUUCAUCCAAUCGAAUGACAACACUCCCCUUAUCCCCGUUGUCACCAACCCACCGGACCUAGGUUCCGGAGAAUUCGAGUUUACUUCCGAGAAAAAAGAGGAGCUGACGAUCUCCAGCCCCUUCUCUUCGAAUUCACAAUCAUACUUCACGCAUAUUAGGACAAAAGGCGGUACUGAAUGGACAAAUGCCUUCGUCAAAGUGUCAUCGGCGGCUUCCAUAAAAUGGGAGCGCAAGAUGCUGACUGUGCUAAGCACUCAUAUCUCCCCUGGCAUGCUUCAAAAUCUCUUGGCAUACAAUGCCGAUCUCAAUUCACUUGUUAUGACCAGAAUUCCUGGGAAAACCUUGAAUGACUUCCGUCUUGAAUAUGCGAUGACGAGGAAUUGUGAAGAUUUUUCUUUCAAGUCUUCGCGAGAUGCCCUUAGCUGGUUUGUGGAUAUCGAGAUUCGUCGUGCGUAUGAAUGUGGCUCGCUGUACUCGGUCGGCAAGGACUUGGCCGACGCUCCAGAAGGACUAGACUCUCCAAUACACAAGUUCUAUUACGACCGUCUUCACAAUGAUGUCAAAUUCACUAAACAUUACUACCCAACCACCCCCGGGUUCAGCGGAGACAACGCAGUACAGUUUGAUGAUUUCAUUGCUCUUCCUUGGAAAAUCGAUGGCGUGGAGUAUCCCCCGCUUCAGGAGUCCUUCAGGAAGGCAGAACGGAUUCUCGAUCCUCAUGGUCAAAUUUUACCAAAACUGUGGGCCUGUUUGGGACUAGGAGAUAGUCACGGAGGAAACGUGAUGAUUUCGCCGAAGAAACAGGAUCCAGCGAUUUAUUUCAUAGACUACGAAGCUGCCGGACAUCAUAGUCCUUUCUUAGAUCUCGCGAAACCGCUUUACCUCGACGGGUUCUUCUCCGUUAUGUAUCACGAUAUCACUUCCAAAUCCUCCGACCCCACUUCUGAACGCGCUCCGGUUUCGUGGAGGAUCGAUGACGGCAAGGUUUGCAUCGACUUGGAUGCACCGCUGAGUGAUCUGGACAAAGUCAUAUGUUUCAUGAAGUUGGAAUAUACCCUUAAACCUCUUCUCGAGUACACUGCCUGGAAUUUGGAAGAGCAGAUGGAGUCUGCCGGGAACGUUUUGUCAGCCGCUCUGUUAUGCUGCGCGCUCUUGACGAGGGACUUCUCCCGGCACCCCGAUUCGUUCUUCUUGAACUGUGCUGUUGGUAUCUUGCUGUAUAACGACCUAAAAGGCUCACUCAAACGGUUCUGUGGGUGGGAUAAUUGGCCUUGCGUCAUGGAGACAUCUGUCAAUGACAAAGAACUAACAUCAUUCGGUGGUGGAGGCUUCUCUCUCACACCCGAGCAGUUCGAUACUCAGCUCUUCAGCAUUUUAUUCAAUAAAGUCGACCUUGAACCGGAUUCGGUAUUCCUUAAACGAUUAGAUGACACACUGCGUUUGCAUAAGAAGUUCUCGAAGGAUUCCAACGAGUCCUCGGCUGUUGUCAUUCAAAGAAUAGGUGGUGCGCGGAGAACGGGAAUUAGGGUUGCCCCACAUACUUGUAUCCGUGAAAGCAUCUUUGCGGAGCCCAGAAUUGAUCAUCACUUCCAGUAUCAGGAGGUGCAGGAGACCCGCCGCUCACGUCCAUACAGAAUGACUUUGGUUGAUCUUGGAUGUUGUAUGGGAACUGAUCUAAGGAAGUUGGUCGUGGAUGGUUUCCCAGUACUGGACAUCAUGGGGCUCGAUAUCGAGAACCGUGAGUUUCGUGUCUUUUACAAAUUCUUUAUUAAUAUGACGCUCAGGAUUCUUUGACAUCGGGCGUCUCAUGUACAACGAAGGGGACACACCUUCCAUCAAGUUUAAGCAGACCGAUGCCCUUGAUCCUCUAUUCUGUGAACGCAACGCCAGUUUGGAAAGCAAGUUCGAUUUUGU